UUAGAUUUUUAGCUUUCUCUUUUUAGCUUUCUCUUAUGAUGGGGCAACUCUGCUGACUAUGGAAAAGCCCAAUCUUGCUCAUCAUUCACCUCACAUUUUCCUUCCUUUCUUUUUUAUUUUUGUGUGACAAAGACAAGUUUCCCAGAUUUCACUUCUUUGGAAUUAUAGAAGAAGAAAGGAGAAAGAAUGUCUCUUUGUUUCUCUAUCAAUGCCUUCACUCUUCAGUCACCAAAGUCUCAGAGUUACAAAACUCGAUUCUUUUCUCAAUUCAUCAAACAAAUCCAGGUAAAGUCUGCUCCUUUUACUUUACCUUCAAGACCCUUUAAGUGUAGUGGAGAAAGAUUUGAACUGGUUAGAGCUUUAGCAACAAAGCCUGUUGAAACAGCUGUUUCAGCUUCAUAUAGAAGCAAAAUCCCAAAAGGCAUCAAUGUCUUGGUGAUGGGUUCGACUGGGUAUAUUGGAAAGUUUGUGGUUAAAGAGUUGGUUAAUAGAGGGUUUAAUGUUAUAGCUAUUGCUAGAGAGAGGAGUGGGAUUAGAGGUAAAAACAGUAAGGAAGAUUCUUUGAAUGAUUUACAAGGAGCCAGUGUAUGUUUCUCUGAUGUGACAAAUUUAGAUACUUUGGAGAAAUCUUUGCAAAAUUUAGGAUUUCCUAUUGAUGUAGUUGUGUCUUGUCUUGCUAGCCGUACUGGUGGUGUUAAAGAUUCAUGGAAAAUUGAUUAUAAGGCAACGAAAAACAGUCUUGUUGCUGGUAAGAAAUUUGGGGCUUCACAUUUUGUACUGCUUUCUGCCAUUUGCGUGCAAAAACCCCUCCUUGAAUUUCAGCGAGCGAAGCUGAAAUUUGAGGCUGAAUUGAUGAAAGAAGCGGAAGAGGAUGGUGGAGUUACCUUUAGCAUUGUAAGGCCAACUGCAUUCUUCAAGAGCUUGGGGGGUCAAGUUGAGUUAGUGAAAGAUGGAAAGCCUUAUGUGAUGUUUGGUGAUGGCAAGUUAUGUGCUUGUAAGCCAAUUAGUGAGCAAGAUUUAGCUUCAUUUAUUGCAGAUUGCGUUUUGAGCGAGGAUAAGAUUAACCAGGUAUUGCCUAUAGGUGGUCCAGGGAAGGCUUUGACACCAUUAGAGCAGGGAGAGAUUUUGUUUAAACUUUUGGGGAAGGAACCAAAGUUCUUGAAAGUGCCAAUUGGGAUAAUGGAUUUUGCCAUUGGGAUUCUUGAUUUCCUUGUUAAGAUAUUCCCUUCGAUGGAAGAUGCAGCUGAGUUUGGGAAAAUCGGAAGGUACUAUGCUGCUGAGAGCAUGUUGGUUUUGGAUCCUGAGACUGGAGAGUAUAGUGCUGAGAAAACACCAAGUUAUGGUAAGGAGACAUUGGAAGAAUUCUUUGCGAGAGUGCUAAGGGAGGGGAUGGCUGGUCAGGAAUUAGGAGAACAGUCCAUCUUCUGAAAGUUAUUAUCUUACAUUAGUUUGUAAAUUUUGGUGAUCCAUUAAGUAAACCAGUUUUUUGAUACGUCCUGAUUUGAGGUAUGUAGUUUCCCAAUCUAAAAGGAAUCCAACUGCUGUAUGAGUUGCAACCCACACUUUCUUGUAAAGACUUUACCUUGACAACUACCAAUGUUAUGAAUAUAAAGAAUUGUGUCUGUUUCAUGAAUUGUGAUGAAUUGUGCCUGA